CACAGGGACUGCCUCAUGCUGUGCUGUCUGAAUAGUGGGACCAGCUUCGUGGCGGGCUUCGCCAUCUUCUCUGUGCUUGGCUUCAUGGCCUUAGAACAGGGUGUGCCCAUCGAGGCCGUGGCAGAGUCUGGUCCAGGCUUAGCCUUCAUAGCCUACCCUAAAGCUGUGACCAUGAUGCCUCUGUCUCCUCUGUGGGCUUGUCUCUUCUUCAUGAUGCUCAUCUUCCUGGGGCUGGACAGCCAGUUUGUGUGUGUAGAGAGCCUGGUGACAGCGGUAAUAGACAUGUACCAGAGACCUUCCAGGAGAGGCUACGUCGAGAAAUGCUCAUCCUGGGCUUGUCUAUAUGCUCCCUUCUUCGUGGGGCUUCAUCAUGUUGACAGACUGUUUGACUCGUACGCGGCCAGCGGGAUGUGUCUGCUGUUUGUGGCCAUCUUCGAGUCAAUAUGUAUCGGCUGGAGGAUGACGUUCCUGACCACCCCCAGUCCAGAUCUGGUGAUGAGAGGUAAACUGGCUGGUAUGAGCCCCUUCACCAUCAGACCCAAGCCCAGCAAAGAGUCAAAGAAAGCUGCAAAGAUAUCUACCGUCACAGAGAAGGAGACUCAUUUCUAA